UUCUUGGACUCUCGAGGACGGGUAGAUAGAUGAGAGUACCGACCCUUCAAUUCUAUGACGGAUCGCAUGCAUCUCAAUUUUCAUUUGAACUCUCCUCUCUCUUUCUGCUAUAUAUUGCCUCGCUAACUUUUAUCGUGCAGCAACUUUUGAAUUUUUGCGACUUAGUACAGUUAUAUCUCAUUAAUAACUCUAAUUAACAGCUAACUUGCCUCAGUAACUCUCUCUGUCUCUCUCUUUCGCUUUCUCUCUCUCUCUCUCUCUUCCCUUGAAUGCUCAUGGCACCCAUGAACAGUUUGGCUUCUACUAAUAGUAAGAUGGUCAUGAACAGAGGAGCAUGGACAGCUGAGGAAGAUAGAAAACUGGCAGAGUAUAUUGAAGUUCAUGGUGCCAAGAGAUGGAAAACAGUUGCAAUGAAAGCAGGUUUAAACCGAUGCGGGAAGAGUUGCAGAUUGAGAUGGUUGAACUAUUUGAGACCCAACAUCAAGAGAGGCAACAUUUCAGAUGAAGAAGAGGACUUGAUUCUUAGACUUCAUAAACUACUCGGCAAUAGGUGGUCAUUGAUUGCUGGGAGACUUCCAGGACGAACGGACAAUGAAAUAAAGAACUACUGGAAUUCUCAUUUGAGCAAAAAAAUUAAUAAGAAGGAGAAAAAACCAGAGUCUUCAAUUCCGCAGGAGAGCAUCCCCAAGAAGACAUGUGACACUGCUGCUGCUGCUCAUGAAAUGAUGGAAGAGGGCAGACAAGGAGCUGCUAUUCCGGAGCUUAGCUUCGAUGUCAACGAGUUCUUCGACUUCUCCACGGAAGGAUCCUACGGCUUGGAAUGGGUAAACAAGUUUCUUGAACUUGAUGAGGAUCCAUGGCUAACCGAGAAGAGCUGAGCAUUGUGUGUAUCAAAUUGGAAUGAGUCUUCUUUCUUCUCAUUAAUUUGUUAAAUACUGAUUUACAUGUAUAAUUUUAAUAAAAGUUUGCUCAUUUUCGAAUUAAUA